AUGUCAAUCAAACUUCAACUCCGCCCCUUCACUGCCUGCUUGCACGUCGCGCAAAAAAACAGCAGCGACGGCCGUUGGGGGAAGAGAGUAAAUAGAGAGAGAAGCCUCAAGAUGGCUGACUCGCUGGGCACCGUUCACCUCACCGGAGCUGCGGCUACUGCGGUAGCCCCCGCGGUCGCCUCCGCCAAAAGCCCGCUCGUCAAGCCGACCGAGUCAAAGGGAGCCCCUGACAACCGCUCUCAGUCUUCCCGGGAUUUCAACCCGCCGCCGCCCAAGAAGGUCCGAGUCGAGGAGAGGAGCGUUAAACCCAAAAAACUCAGCAGGGAAACAGGAGUGGGAGGCAACGGUAGCGGCAAAGAGAAACUCCAGCAGCCCACGAAGCAGCAGAGUUAUGGCAGCAGCGCGGGUUUGUGGAGCUUCAGUCCGGUUAAGACGAGCAGCAACAACCCUCCGGUGCCUGCUACCGGUGGAUCUCAACCACCGACAAACACACACAAAGUCUUCAAACAGAGCGAUUUCUUUCUCCACAAAGCGCCUUCCACCUCCAAACCCAAGAAACCGAGUAAAGAUAAACAGCAGGAGAAAGAGAGGGAGAAGGGGAAAGGAGGCGGAGAGGAGAAAAAGAAACAUAAACUGAUGUUGACCUCCGGACCUGGGAGCAACGUUAGUAACAACAACGAUAUCAGCAGAUUUAAUUACAUUUCUGCAGUGAAGAGAGAAAAUGGGGAGGUCAUGUUGCCACCCAAAGAGCACUCCAACAAGGACAAGGCGAAGGAGAGGGACAGAGAGGAGAGGGAGAAGAAGAAGGUCAAAGACAGGGAGAAGGAGAAGGAGAAGAAGAAGCACAAAGUGAUGAACGAGAUCAAGAGGGAGAAUGGAGAAGUCAAGCAGCCAAUUAAAGAUGAAAAAGAGAAAGCCAAGAUUAACUCAGAGGAGCUGCAAAUUAAAAAAGUGAAGAAGAAAAAGAAGAAGAAACACAAAGAGGGGGAGAAACACAAACGAGUGAAGAUGUACCACCGCUCCUGCCAGACCAUUUGUGCUGGUCUGCUUCUUCUCCCUUCUUCCUCUUCAUCUCCCACCUCCUCUUCCUCAACCACCGAUCCCACACACAACUCCUCCAUGUCUCCGUUCAAGUCCCCGCUACCGGUUUACCCUUCACCUAACAACAAAACCUUACAUCUCCUGCCCUCCUCUCCUCCUCUUGCCUCAAAAUCCCUCUUUAACUCUUCUCUUCACGACACUCCCAACUCUCCGUCGUCCUCCAUCACGACACCACUCCCUUCUACAGCCAAACAACAGCCGCAGUGCACCUAUCCCGGCAUGGCAGGUCUGGAGUUUGCCCCAUACAUCCACAUAGAGCACCAGCCUAAUGGAGGGGCUCUGGUGGCCCAUGCCUACACCUCACAGCUCUCCUCUCUUUCAAUGGGCCAGAGGCAGAGAUUUGCCCAGGAGUUUGUCACCUUGGCGUUCAGCGAGGACUCAUCCCAGGCAGCUCAUUAUGUCAUGGGGAUCAUCCAUGGAGAAGCCAGCUACCUGCCUGAUUUCUUGGACUACUUCUCAACCAAGUUCCCAUCAGCUCCAGUCAAAAUGGAAAUACUGGGAAAGAAGGACAUAGAAACCACCACUAUGGCUAAUUUCUACACUCAGGUGAAGAAGACAUACAGUCACGGCACAUACAGAGCCGGGGCAAUGAGACAAAUCAGCCUGGUGGGAGCUGUGGACGAGGAGGUCGGGAAUUAUUUCCCAGAGUUCCUCAGCAUGCUGGAGGAGUCGCCCUUCCUGAAGAGGACUCUUCCAUGGGGAACGUUCUCCAGUCUGAGGCUGAUGAGUCCCACAGAGAGCGACGACGGUCCCAUAAUGUGGGUCAGACCAGGAGAACAGAUGAUACCUGUGGCUGAUAUACCAAAGUCCCCUUUUAAAAGAAAACGCUCCACCAACGAGGUGAAGAACCUGCUGCAGUCGCUGCCCAGGACCAGCGAGCCCAGAGAGAUGCUGUUUGAGGAUCGGACUCGGGCCCACGCUGAUCACAUCGGUCAGGGUUUCGAACGUCAGACCACGGCGGCCGUUGGGGUGCUAAAGGCCGUAUGCUCCGGAGAAGGCUCGGAGCCUCCUCGUGUAACCAAAGACGUAGUGUGUUUCCAUGCCGGUGAUUUCCCUUAUGUAGUUCAGAGGCUGCAGUUGGACUUACAUGAACCCCCGCUGUCUCAGUGUGUGCAGUGGGUGGAUGAUGCCAAACUAAACCAGCUGCGUCGCGAGGGCAUCCGUUACGCUCGCAUCCGCCUUUGCCACGAGGACAUCUACUUCAUCCCCCGCAACGUGGUCCACCAGUUCAAGACUGUAUCUGCCGUCUGCAGCCUGGCAUGGCACGUCCGCUUAAGGCAGUACCACCAAGGAGAGGCAGACGAGGAGGAGGAGGAGGAGGCGGAG